AUGUUCAUAAAUUUGAAAGACACUCUUAAUCUAAAUUAAGAAUUAUUAAGAGUGAUUAUUUUAAGUCUAAUAAUAAGAAGUGCAUCAUCACAAACAUUGGUAUAUUCAAACUUUUUUGGAGAUUUCUCAUAUUCAAAUGGUAUUAUAAUAAUCAUAUUAUUCAGAUUGGUUUAUCUAAGGUACUUACUCAGGCCCAGUUUCAUAUUGUGGAUCAAGUAAAAUAUUUGGAGGCUCUCCUGAAUUUUCAUAUAAUACUCAUAUAAUCAAGACUUUUAAUUUACCACCUCAUUAUUAGUUAAGGUUCUAAUUUAAAUUUUGGCAGUACAAUUUUAUAAUUGAUUGAAGUCUUGAUAAUUGGGGAGGAGAAUAUUUGAAAGUUUAUGUUGAUAAUGUAGAAGCACACGUUCAAUCAUAUUCUUCAGAAUACAGUUUACCAAGUAUUUGUGGUACUCCAGGAUCUAAUUAUGGGGAUGGAACAGCUACUGUUUCUAGAGUUUUAACUCAUUAUAGUUCUACUGCUCAAAUACUAAUUAAUGGUUAAGAAAAUUACUGGGGCAUUUCUGAAUUUUAAUUACUGGUAGAUAAAUGUGCAACAGGAUGUUAGAUAUGCGAUGCAAGUAAAUGCUAUUUAUAAAAACUUUACAUUAAAAAACUGGAUCCAAUAAAUUUUGAUUCUACUUACGGUUGGAUUUAUGGUAAUCAAAAUAUGAAUACAUAUGCAGUUUGUCUAGGUAUAUACCUAAGUCAAUUUUAGACUAAAAUUAUUUGAAAUCUCCAAGUUCUGAUUUAACAAAAAUUAUACCAUUAACUAAUCAUGAUAAUAUAAGUCUAAGACUUAAAAUAAUGACUUUUAAUUCAGAUCCUCAUUCUGUGCAGGUUUUUAUUGAUAAUGUACUUGUAUUAACUUCUAAUUUAUCAAAAUAAGUAUAUACAUAAACUGACUUUUGUGAUGUUAUGACAUUAAGUUAGGUCUAAAUUUUAGAAUAUUAACAUACAAAAUCUACAAUAUAAAUUUAAGUUGUUUCCACAUGGUCAGCAAAAUAUUAUUGUGUUCCUACUUAAUAUUCAGCUUGUUAAUCAAUUUUAGGAAUUAGUGAUUUUGAACUUUUUAUUCAUCCUUAUACUUCUAAUUCUCAUAUAUGCACUGAUUAAAAUAAUAUUCCAUUUGAUGGUUGUUUCUCUAAUAUUUAUGAUUGUGUAGUUGGAUGUAGUAAUUGUGUAAAAGGAGUUUGUAUAAAAUGUAAAAUAGGAUGGGAAUAUUAAAAAUAACAAAGAAUAUGUAUGCCAAUAUGUGGUGAUUCUAUUAUUACUCAUUUGGAAGAAUGCGAUGAUGGAAAUAUAAUUCCAUAUGAUGGUUGUUAUUUAUGUAAAUUUUCUUGUUAAAAGUUCUGUAAAAUAUGUAAGUUUGGAAAAUGUUUAGAAUGUCUAUAAUCAUAUAAAAUGAUUGAAAAUAAGUGUAUUUAUAUUUAUAAUUAUUAUGAUGGUCCUCAAUUUAGAUAAUAAAUAGAAUUUAAUAAUUAAAUUACAAAUUUUAUAGAAAAUGGCUUUUAUUAGCAUAUAUUAUUAAAUGAUUAUUAAAGAUCUCUUUAAUAAAUAUAAUAAUUAGACUGUAAUCAAUAAUCUUAUGGAAUAUUUGGUUAUUAUUAUAAUUAAUGUAGUAUUGAUAGAAUUAUCAAUUGUAAAAUAUAACUAUUUGAUAUUUGUUUGGAAUGUCAAUCAUAUUAUUAUUUAUAAUCAAAUAAUAAAGAAUGUAAUCCAAUUUGUGGAGAUGGUGUAAUAGUAAAAAAUGAGAUUUGUGAUGAUUAAAAUAAUUUUCAGUUUGAUUUUUGUUAUAAAUGUUAAUAAAGUUGUUAAUUGGAAUGUAAAUAAUGUAAUUAAAGUUAAUGUUAUGAUUGUAUUGAUGGUUGGUCAUUAAUAAAUAAUUAUUGUUAUUAAAUAUGUGGAGAUGGAAUGUAAGCAUUCAAUACAUAAGAAUAGUGUGAUGAUGGAAAUUAUGACCCUUAUGAUGGAUGUUAUGAAUGUAAAUAUGAAUGUGAUUAAAACUGUUUUUAUUGCUCUGAUUAUAAUAUUUGUAUGAUUUGUAAUUAAUACUUUAAAUUGAUUGAUAAUACAUAUUGUGUUCCUAUAUGUGGAGAUGGUAUAAUUGUAUAAGGUCUUGAAGAUUGUGAAGAUUUAAAUGAUAUUCAGUAUGAUGGUUGUUAUUAAUGCAUUUAUUAAUGUGAAAUAAAUUGUACAAAAUGUAAUUAAGGCAUAUGUUAAGAAUGUAUAGAGGGAUUUGAAUUAACAUUAUAAGGUUGUUAAAGAAUUAUAAAUUAUGAUUAAGACGAAUCUAAUAUAGAUGAUGAAUAUAUUAAAGUAUAAAAAUAAUGUGGUGAUGGAUUAAUAUCAAAUGAUGAAUAAUGUGAUGAUUGGAAUUACUUAAAUAAUGAUGGUUGUUCAAAUGAUUGUAUUAUAGAUAUUGGUUGGGUUUGCAAUGAUGAAGAACCCAGUAAAUGUUAUAAAAUUACUAAUAUCUUGAUUUCUUAUUUAAAUUAAACAUACUAACAUUAAUAUGUUAAGUUAUCAUUCUCGAAUCUUGUAAAAUUGAAAGAACCUUCUAAAGAUAUUACAGAAUCAUUAAUUUGUCUAAUAGAUAAUUUAGAAUAAAAUGAAUAUAAUAUAACUAUUUAUCCUGUAAUUAAUUUUGAUGAUGUUCAAUUUGUAGCUGCUAUGUUUGAUAUAAAAAUUACAAUAUUUUAACCAAUGUAAACAUAACCAAAUUUAACUGUUACUUUUAAUACUUAAAUUAUUGAUAUAAAUGAUAUAUUAAUUAAUUAAUAAUAAUAAUAAUUAUUGUUAUAAAAACCAAAUGUUUUAGAUAGCUCAUAAUUAUAAGCAGCUAAUUCAUUUUAAGAAUUGGGAAAUAAAUUGAUGUUAGGAUUAGGAAUUAUAUCUAUAAUAAUGCUUUUAUUUGGAAGAAUAGAUUUAAGUUUAGAAAUUUUAGAUACUUUAUUAUUUUAAACAUAUUUAAAAUUUAUAAAUGUCAAAUAUCCUUAAAAUCUAUAAAUAUAUUUUGAAUCAUCAGAUUUUGUAUCAAUCAAUCCUAUACUAAUUAAUUUUAAAAUUUCUGGUUUUUUUGAUGAAACCAUUGGUGUCAAUUAUAUUUAAAGCUAUGGAAAAUUAUCAGAAUAUUAAGUGAAUGCUGAUUUAUUUACUAACAUUAAAGGUCAAAUUCUUUAAUUAUCUGUUAUUGUAUUCUUAUUGAUGUUCUCAAAGUUAUAUUAGAAAAUGUUUCUUGAUUAUUGUUUUACUUCAAAAUAUUUUUAUUGUAUAAGAAAAAGUAAAUCAAGAUGUAUUGAAUUUUUAGCACUGAAAUAUUAUUAAAUGAUAAAAAAAUUAUUAGGAUUGAAGAAUCUUUUUAAUCUUGGAGGAUUAAGAUAAAUUUUUUAUGCAAAUAGUUGGGAUUUACUUUUUAAAGUUAUUUUAUUUCUUAAAUCUAAUAAUCAAUAUGAUUAUCGAACUGUAUUAUCUUAUCUCUUUAGUAUAGGGAGUUUAAUUUUAGUGAUCUUUUUUCUCAGUUCUCACUUUUAGAAAUAAAAUGGGAAAAUAAAUUUAACUUAUGUUAGAAAUGAAUAACAUGAAGGUAUUAUCUUAUUUAAAAAACUAUCAUUUAUAAUAAUUUUAAUUGUAUUAUAGAAUGCUGGUGCUUUUUAAUGUUUAAUGAUGGCUGUAUUAACAUUUAGUUAUAUUGGAUUAGUUUUUACAAUUAAACUCAUAAAGUAGAAAUUUGAUUUAUUUAUUGUGAUUUGGAUGGAAGCUCCUGUAAUGUUAUUUACUAUUACAAGUAUAUUAUAUUGUACUGAUUUUUAAUAACAUUUGAGUCUUGAUUAAUAAAUUUUAUUAGGUUUUGGAUAGAUAGGAAUUUUAUUAAUUAGCUUAUUAGGUCCUGUAAUUAGAUUCAAUUAUAUUAUGUAUAAAUAAAUUAAAGCCUAUCUUUCAAAAAGAAAACAGAAUGAGAUAGUUUAGUUGGUUACCUAAUCUAAUUUAUUUGCAGUUGUAGAUAUGUGA